AUGAGCUCUCUGGAGCACGACCUGUUCCUCCGGGAAUGGACGUUCUCGUCGCGCCUCCUCUUCUACUCGAUCAUCGCCAUCACCUCGCUCACGCUUCCCGUUCUAGUCAUAAUUAUGGCGCUGAUGAAACCGCAUAGAAACUCGCAAUACUUUCCGUACAUGUGCGGAAUCAUAAUGGGCAAUUUCGUGCUGCUGAGCACUGUAUUCACUCUAGUCGUAUCCGAAAACAUCAAUGUGGUCUACCGUAAGUGCUUCAGUCACUCUCUCACUCUCUCCUUUCUUUUUCAGACUUCCUACCAGGCUUUGUCAUCUGCAAACUGUCGGCUUUCCUCGUAAACUCUGCCUCGUGUUUCAUUCACUGGACGUGGGUGGCCAUGUACUCGCAACGAUUCCUCCACGUCUUCUUCCCCCUUCGAUCCAGAAAACGAAUGCAUCGGAGCACGUGGAAUACACUUCUAAUGUGAGUUUCACUCCACUAAAACAUCCUUUAUUCUAACUUAUCUGUUCAGAAUCCUCCUUCUCUCCUGCACAUGUCAGAUCUGGGCUCCAAUCACAAUAACUGAGCUCAGUUUGACCCACGGAAACAACAGUCAUGGCACGUAUUGCGCUGAACAUCCGUAUUUCAGCAGGUAAGAAACAACAUCUCUUCUCAAUAAUCUGUGACGUAUUCGAACUUGAGCUCCUCAAGAUCAUCGUUCUCGUGGAAAGCACCAUCACUUUUUUCCUGCCGUUCCUGCUCACAGUUCUCGCGGACAUCUCCGUUUUGGUUUCGAAAGUUCCGUGGCAGACACCUUUCAAACUCAUCUCCGCCGACGAUCUGAGAAGUAACAAUCGGAGUGAUAACAUGAAGAUUGUGUCAAAGUUGAAUUUAGAGGUACCGCCCGGGUGUGGUCAUUCAUAGUCCUAGUUUUCAGAGCGCUGAAAAGAGGAGGAUCACUGCAAUCAAACGGUGCCUCAUUUCGGCCACUUUAACUCUCAUUCUAAACCUUCCUAACUACGUCCUUCAGGUACACUCUUCCUUCACCUUUUCAUUCUUCAAUACACUGUUAAGGUCAUCGACGAAUUCUACUCUCUCCGGGAGCACCGGGAAGUGUCCAUCCGUCGCAUUUUUCUUCAAGCGGACGCCGCCGUCUACAUUCUCUACCUCCUCCAGUUCCCUUUGGUCCCUGUCAACAUGUACUUCCUCCGACAGAAUAUCACACGGAGCUCAAGGUUUGCUCUCGCGUACUCUGGCCAUCUCUAACUGACACUUAUUGCAGGAAGCUGCGAGAGAAGACGAUAUUGCACCACGAGCACAGCCGUUCUUUCCAAGUUCUCGAGAUGAGCAACGAUCACAGCCGAGUGCCGUUGAGCACCACCGUUCCGUCGCCCACCUCCUGA